AUGCGAUUCGGCCAAUCGCUGGCGCUCGUGUCUGACGCAGGCAUGCCGGGCGUCAGCGAUCCCGGCGCUGACCUGGUCGCUGCGUGCGCUGAGUCAGCAGUCCCCGUCAGCGUGAUUCCCGGCCCGUCUGCUGCCACCACUGCGGUUGCGGCAGCUGGCUUUCUCACCAACGGCUUCACCUUCUUGGGGUUUCUCCCAGAGCGGUCGGCAGUGCGGCAGCGUCGGCUGCAGGAAGCAGCGGAGGGGGAGGCGAUGCAGGUGCUGUUUGUGGCGCCGCACAAGCUUCUCUCCUCGCUCUCCCACUGCAUCCUCGCCUUUGGCCCGGACCGUCCGUGCCUCGUGGCUCGGGAGCUUACCAAGCUGCACGAAGAGCUGUGGCGAGGGACGCUCUCAGAAGCACUUGCGGAGUUCACGGCUCGGGGGCCAAAAGGGGAAUUCACCCUGGUAAUUGAUGGCCUCCCCCGAAAGGACCUGGACGCAUUGCAGCAGACCGGGGAGGAGGAGGUGACAGCUUACCUUGAGAAGCUGAUUCUCGACGGCACACCCCCCUCACAGGUUAGUUCACAGGCUGUUCUUUGA